AUAAUAUUAGUUAAUCAAUAAUUUUCAUAAUUUAUGGGGUUUACUUUAAAUUCACGCGGUAAUGCUGUACCGUCAACGCGUCAAACUGUUUUUUAAUAACAUCCUGAUCCAUCGAAAAACAUUUUUAUAAACUAAAUAAGUUUUAGGAGAUUUCGUCAACGCGCAAUUUUGCGGCUGUUGAAUGACGGACAGUUGCGGGAUGCUGCAGAUAGGCGGCGCACUUUAAAAGCGCAAAGUUCUCUCCGUCUCCAAGACAACAAGUACAUGUGACAGGAAUGUUUAUCUGAGGGAAAGCCUAUAGUAGGACGUUUGACACUGCAGAAUUUGGUCGAUCAAAAACACAUUCCUUGUUUUCUCUCUCUCUAUGCAUUCCUGACAGGAUCUAAACAAAUUCACAACAUUGUUCGUCCAGGCUACUAAUACGCUGCCUCCUCCUAGUACGAUGAAGGCAAACCUCAUGAAUAUUAAUUAGUCCGUGUAAUCGUUGCCUGGCAACCUUACCGGAGCGUCCACCCUCGAACCUCAUUACUAGGCAUGAGCAAACGCUUCAUCAUAGUAGGAUUUGCUGUCCAUUCAAGGAUGGCAACAAUGAUCCGCUGCGUCGUGAAGAGUUGGAUGUGAGUCGUGACUGAUGUUCAGUACUUAACAGUUCAGGGACUCGAGAUGCUACUUGAUUCUGAAAUGAAGCUGAAGAAACACCGCUCGUCUCGUGACUUAUUAUGAGAAACUUUGCGUCGCUUUUACGGAAAGUUGUUUUGAUCAGAGAUGUCCACUACUGUGUUUCCAACACUGCCCUCCACGAGCUAUCUAGAGGAUCAGAGGACAGUCUACGUGGGCGCAUUCUGUUGUGUGGCGUUCUUUGUCUUGAUUGUGGCGUUGCUGUGUAUCGUGUACCGAAAGAUUCCUGUCUGCUGCAAAAAGAGGGUUUAUCGGGAAUCUCAUACAGACAUGGAAGCUCCUCCUCAGUACUACAACAGCAGACAGACUCUUGUUGCUGAUAUGGAGCAAACGCGUGACACGGGUCAUGAUAAUGUCAGCGCACAGACGGGGUCUUUGUUCCUCAUUGGUGUGCCCAGCAGUUACUAUCUUUCCUCGCUGGAGCCUCCUCUUCCUCGCCUGCCCUCCUACGAGAGCGUGCGCAAGAAAGACAGACAACGGCAGAUCCACCUGAUGAUUGCCGACCGCUUUGGCCUGAGCGGAGCUAUCGUGUCUGAGCCACCUCCCACAUACGAAGAGAGCAUUGGUCAGUCCGUCCAGUCCAUCGACAUCCCCUCUGACAUCCUGACUCCUGAAGAGCCUAUCCACGCUCCACCACCAGCCACUGAACCCUGUACAGAUUUGCCUGCAUAUGAAGCUCUACCUCACAUCACAGACUCGCAAAACCCCAGCGACACUGUUCAUUAACACAGGAUUCAUGGGAAUUUAAAGAAAAUGACUACAAUUGGCUCUCAGUGUUAAUGAACACAGUCAUCAUCGUUCUGACGUCCGAUCGCAAAACAGUUUUGACAGACAAACAUUGUAGCAAAAACGUGGACAUCAAGUCGCUGUGUUUACAGAUAACUGCACAAGUAUGACGUGACUUGCUCAUGCAAUACCUUGCACUACACUACCAGAUGAGACAGACCACUACUUGAUAAAGGGAAGAGAAAAAAGGGAAUCAAUAUAAAACCCACAAAAUGAACUCAUACUUUAUGCAUAUUGUUCAUCAAUAUACAAAAACUUGAAAAGACUGACACCACAAAUCAUGUGGCCUGUGAUGUUAUUGUCCAACACAGAGGUUCCACACUUAAAAAAAAGACAUGAUAACUGGAUGGGUAUUUUAUAAAAACUGUGCGAGAGAACACACUGUGCAAACACAUUCACAAAGAGCAAAUUUGAUCUAUAUUCCAGAGCUGAGCACAAAAGAUUUAUAUUUGAUAAUACAUUUUUUCAUUAAAACUUUUAAAGAUGUAGCAUGCUUUUUGUAUUAUGGGAGCUUACGUAAUAUUAUUUUCAGUGUAAAAACUCAUAACAUUUCAAUUAUGGAGCUUUUUUAUCUUUACAAUAAGAUUAGGAACAGAUUAUAAAGUAUGUAGGGUUCAAUUUCAUGUUAUCUUUAAGUUAUACAAGGCUGCAUGUUCUUCUCAUACCAAAGUAGCUUUUGAUGUUCUGUUUGCACUAAUAGGGAAAAACAAGCCAUGUUUUGAUAUAACAGGGAAGAUCUUUCUGUUCUCUCAUCUUUACAUGUUUUCCAAAUUCGUUUCUAUGUAGCUAGAACAAAUUUUAGGCUCGAAUCAUUUUAACCAAACUGUGCUUUGGUUUUUCUAUAUAUAUGUGUGUGUGUGGGUGUGUGUGGGUGUGCGUGUGCGUGUGUGUGUGUGUGUGUGUGUGUAUGUGUCUGGGUGUGAGUGUGUGUGUGUGUGUGUGUGUGUUGUUUUCCACACAACAUGAAUCAUAAAUUAUGUUUGUCAAAUCUUUCUUUUUCUAAUGAUACUUUAUGCAUGUGCUCAAUGUUUCCUUGUAAAUAAAUAUGUCAAACACUGA